ACCAAAAUAAAAUGAGUGUGGCAGAUGAGCCCAAACACAAUGGUUGUGCGCAAUGUGAGCUUUGAGAAUUCUGAUUGGUCAAUUAUAUUGGGUCAUCCAAUCACGGUCUUGAAAGUGUGAACCACGAGGUUUUACGAAAUGGCGUUCCUGAAGCAUUUUGCGAAACCCGGAGUAAAAAGAAAAGUGUUAGAUCUACAAAGUCAAGAGUACGAACGAAAAAGGAUAAGGAAGUUUCAAAGUUCGUGGCAGCACAGUUUUUCCUGGCUUGUGUAUGACACCGAGGCUAACACCAUGCAUUGUAAAAUCUGCCGAAGUCUGAAAAAUGAUUCUGGUGGGGAUUCCCCCCUUAUCGCGGGAACGUCAAAUUUUAAGAUAGAUGUUGUUAGGCUACAUGCAGCAUGUAAACAACACCAGCGGAAUUCUGAACUUAUCGCAGCAAAAUCUACGCCCAUUUCCCAGAGUGUAGCGGCAGACUGCCUGGGGAAACUGAAGAGGGCUGAAUAUACCAGGCUGGUAUCCAAGUUCCGAUCGGCACACGCCAUAGCCAAGCACCAUCUGAGUUUCAAUUUGUUUAAGACAUUUUGUAAACUGGACACGGCCAAAGGCCUUGGUGUUGGCACUUCUCACACCACUGACAAGUCCGCUGCACAAUUUGUGUCUGCUAUCGCAAAUGUGGAAAGGAGAAGGGUAAUUCAGAAGAUUGAAUCAUGCAAAUUUUUGAGCUUAACUAUGGAUGUGAUAUUCUGGGGGGUUUGUCACUUUAUGUGUUUUUUUACUUAAAUUAAAUCAAGACAUUGCUGUUAUAAUAAAAUGUUAUU